AGACGGUGCAGCGGGACUCCCUUCUCCAUCUCACCCAUCCUCGAACCGAGAUCCCCUCCUCCUCCACCACCUCCUCCAACACCAAGAGACUUUCCCCCCUCUGUAUGUACUGUUACGAAGGCUUCUGCGGCAAAAGAUACUCACCUCUAGCAGACAUGCCCGGGUCAUUGUAUGAAACCUCCAAUCUGGAUCGAGGUAGUAGCAAUAGGAAGAAGAAGAUAGAGGAAUUCUCUAGGUCUUCUCGAGAGAAACUAGUCCAGUCGAAGAACAAAAUGUUCUCCAAAUUUACGUCCAUUCUCCAGCACGCUGUAGAAGCGCUUGCCCCUUCGCUGCCAUUACAGGAAGACUUUGUCUAUCACUGGAAGGCCAUCACACAUUAUUACAUUGAGACUUCUGAUGACAAAGCGCCAGUUACAGACACCAACAUCCCAUCCCACCUGGAACAGAUGCUGGACAUCCUGACCCAGGAGGAAGCCGAAAGGGAGUCUGGAGAGACAGGACCCUGCAUGGAGUAUCUCUUACACCAUAAGAUCCUGGAGACUCUCUACACCUUGGGCAAGGCAGAUUGUCCUCCUGGAAUGAAGCAGCAGGUGCUCACCUUCUACACAAAGCUGCUGGCACAUAUUCGACAGCCCCUCCUGCCACACAUCAACGUCCACAGACCUGUACAGAAACUGAUCCGUCUGUGCGGUGAGGUGCUUGCUGCUCCUACAGAAAACGAAGAGAUCCAGUUCCUUUGUAUAGUCUGUGCCAAACUGAAGCAGGACCCUUAUCUCGUCAACUUCUUCUUAGAGAAUAAGUCAAAGAGACCUGAGAUAAAGAGUCCUGUGGCAACAGAAGGGGCGAAGGAAAACGCCUUGUCUCCAGACACUGGUCAGUCUCUGGCAGAGGAACAAGCUGACCACCAAGACGAACCACAGGCUGCAGCUGCUGUCUCCACAUCCAGUCCAACAAGUAACAAUAACAGCAACAACUACAAUCUGGUCACCUCCCUGCUCAACCUCACAAAGAGUCCUGAUGGCAGGAUUGUGGUGAAGGCUUGUGAGGGCCUGAUGCUGCUGGUCAGUUUACCAGAGCCUGCUGCUGCCAAGUGUUUGACUGAAAACACCGAGCUCUGUGAGCUUCUCACCGACAGGCUGGUCUCCUUUUAUAAAGCCCUGCCACAGUCCAUGGACCCCUUGGACAUUGAGACUGUAGAGUCGGUCAACUGGGGUCUAGAUGUAUAUAACCUGAAGGAGGAUGCUGCUGUCUUCACAGGGAAGAGGGCUCUCAUCUCCUUCUUGUCCUGGCUUGAUUACUGUGAUCAGCUCAUCAAGGAAGCACAGAAGUCAGCAGCUGCAGUGAUGGCAAAAGCAGUGAGAGAAAGAUUCUUUGUUUCUGUGAUGGAACCACAGCUUAUGCAGACGUCUGAGGUUGGCAUCCUGACCUCGACAGCUCUGCUGAACAGAAUCAUAAGGCAGGUGACAUCGGAGGCUCUGCUGCAGGAGAUGGUUUACUUCCUGCUGGGAGAGGAGCGAGAACCCGAGACUUCAGCUACAAUCGCUCAGAAUCCACUCAGACACAGACUCAUCGAGCACUGUGAUCACCUAUCAGAUGAGAUCAGCAUCAUGACCCUGCGGCUAUUUGAGCAGUUAAUCCAGAAGCCCAACCAGCACAUCCUCCACAACUUGGUGCUGCGCAGCCUGGAGGAGAGGAACUACCUGGAGAACAAACCACAGGAAGAGCGGGAGCCGCUGGAAAAUGGCCAGCCUCAUGAUGCUGUAGAUCUUGAGGAGGAUCCGCUGUUUGGUGAUGACCUUUCUCCAGAGAGGAAGCUGUCUGGAUCUGACUGGCUCAGCACUUCUCCACCACAAAGUCCUGACCAUUCAAAGUCUGAGGGGAAAACAGAAGUCCACAAGAUCGUGAACAGUUUCCUGUGUCUGGUCCCCGAUGAGGCCAAGUCAUCAUAUCACGUUGAAGGCACAGGAUACGACACCUACCUCAGAGAUGCACACAGACAGUUCAGGGACUAUUGUGGCAUCUGCCAGCGGUGGGACUGGAGGGGAAAUCCAAAGCCUUUUGAGAAGUGUAACUUGGACAUCCCGUUCUUUGAGGGCCACUUCCUUAAGGUUCUCUUCGACAGGAUGGGUCGCAUCCUAGAUCAACCCUAUGAUGUCAACCUGCAGGUGACCGCUGUGUUGUCCAAACUGUCUUUGUUGCCACACCCUCACUUGAAUGAAUACCUGCUGGACCCCUAUAUCAACCUGGCCCCUGGAUGCAGGUCUCUGUUCUCUGUCAUCGUCAGGGUGGUUGGAGAUCUCAUGUUGAGGAUUCACCGUAUCCCAGACUUCACACCCAAACUUUUGCUUGUGAGGAAGAGAUUAUUAGGCAUGGAGCCAGAGGGCAUCACUAUCGACCACAUGACCUUGCUGGAGGGGGUGAUUGUGCUGGAAGAGUUCUGCAAAGAGCUGGCAGCCAUCGCCUUCGUCAAAUACCACGCAGCUGCCUCGUCCUCGCCGUAAUCGUCCUGCUGUUCGUCCAUCUGCCUCGACCGGGCAGACAGGUCAGGAUGGAACUGGGCUAUUGGAGGUGCCGUAGUACCGGUGGCACAGGGUCGGCAAAAUAUUACCACUAACUGUUCAUCUCUGUCAGACUGUUAAAGCCCACACCGACGGGUGUCAUCACUCCCCUUCCUCUGGCCUCUUGGGCUUCACUAUAAAAUUGUCUCAGUCUUGUUUUUGAGCACUGACAGACACUGCCCAGCCAGCAGAGGAAUAAGAGGAGGAGGAGAGAGGUUGGGGUGCAGAGAAAUGUUCACUGGACUCUUUUGAGCCUCUGCAAUUUUUCUCACAGCCCCAUCCUUCCAUCUUUGUUUUUCACCAGCCAAAAGAUGACAGCCCUGUAAUUUACUACAUCAAGGACAAAAGAUGUUUGUGUAUUUAUUUUCUGUCCCAUUACCACCCAUCUGUAAAUGUCAUUGCCUUAGUGUGGACUCACACUUUUCAGUUAAAGAAAACUGUUUCCUUUUGAAACAUUUUUUUUUAAUCUUUACCCCUCACAUCGUUGUCUGUUUGAAGACAAGCAGAAUCAUCAUGUGCGUAUAUGUACCUGUAGUUACAUAUAAAGAGCUGUAGUGUUUGAAGAUGCUGCGCUCGUGUUUUAAAUGCCAAGUCAUCGUAUUUAUUUGUCUGCUUUCAGGUUGCCUUUUUUUUAAACUAAUGUAAACAGUCUGUGUAAUGACUGACUGAGAGGAUCCUCUUUAGUGUUCAUUUUCUUUCCUCAGUUUGUAAGUGCUUCGCUCUGAAAGCUCAUCUGUAAUCACCGUCAUCCAAAGAUAUCACCAUCCGUCGCUUUUUGUUAAAUGAAAAUGGUGAAUUUGCAAAUUCUGCCAAUUUGCACAUGGACCUUCAUUGCACUUGUUACAUUAUAAGUUCAUUGGUUUGUCGAGACGUCUUUGUGCAGACUGCGUAUCCAGUGUUGGAAUUUUCAUACACCAGUGUUUGAUAUAUUUUAAGACAUGCUUGUUUUAUUUGUGUUUACACGCUUUCUCUAUAAUUAUCGAUUAAUUUAUUUGAUCCAUUCAAGGGAAAACAUGGCGAAACCAACCCUAUUGAUUUUAUUCAUCAGUCUUAAAUACGACUUGGGCCAUGCAAUACUAUGUUUUUCUUCCUUUUGUUGGCUUAUUACAUUUAAAACUUUAUUUUGGGUUGUUUGCAUCUACAAGUUGUAAACAGUUCAGCCACAUUUGGAUUUCAACUUUUCCUUUUUUUUGUCCAAUGAUUCCCAAGAACCACGGUAAAUUAGAUUGGAAGAAACCCUUUAAAAGGAGUCCAGUUUUCAGUUAGGAAACUGUUGUAGUAGUUGUAGGAGCUCUGAGCUCCUUCAAAGGUUAUCAUGACUUCCUACAAUGUGUUGCGUUUACUUGCAGUGUUACUUUUAUAUCCAAAUCUUGAAUGGCAAGGAAAUGUACUCGGUGCUGUGUAUUGUUGGGGCGGAUUAUGUGCUCGUAUGUUGUGCGGAUCUGUCGGGACGUGAAAUUAAGCGUCUCGGCUCACAGAUCAAUUAUGAAUUACAAAAAGGAUUUGAAUUAGUCUGUAUCAAGAUGCUACUUAAUGUAACUUUUGUUGCUUGUGUGUUCCCAGUGUGAAUGUUUCCGUUCUAUGGGAUGGUCUUUGAGCACUGAGUUUGAUUUAUUUGCCUAACUUUGCUGUGGAGAAUCAUUCAUUGAAGCCAUGACUCGCUGGUCUCGAUCCUUUGUUUUUGCACCCAUUUCCUCCUGGCCCCACCUCGAAACCAUCACUUAAGCUACAUUAUGCAAUUGCUUGCAAUGAAUCAAAUUUGCACAUCGUCUUCAUCAAUGUUUUUAAUAUAAAUUUACACAUCAAAAAGCUUUUUUUCUCUUUCUUUUAAAUAUUUUGUUGCGUGAACCAAAAAAAGAAAAGUCGAGGAUGUCAGGAGAAUAACAUUUCUAUUUUAAUUUUAAACUUUUGUUUUUGAACCUGUCAAUUGUUCACAUUUUUUUUUUUUAAAUCAACCGUGUUUCCAACCUUUUCUGUAUAGUUGUAUAUUGUAAGUGUACAAUAGCAAUAGAUAUACUACCUGGUGUAAAUGCAUGCUUCUACAUUAUUUUUUAAAGGCAGUCCAGCCAUCUGUGACGAUUUCUCUGCUGUCAGCACUUUGGUCUUUGGAAAUAAGACGCCUUACUUCACACUGUGGAUUUCUGAGGGCUCCUGGAAUCAGUGUGGAAGGGGUUUCUGCUUCUUUGCAGUCUGUUGUAAUCUUACUAUGCUUCUCUUAUGUUACGUGGGCUUGUUUUGGUUUGUGAAGAUAUACAGGACUCUGUGUAGUCAAAACUCUGAUGCCAGUUAAUUUCAUGUCUUGUCAUCUUAGACCAAUCACUGUAUCAUGUUGAUCACUGCUCAUCUCUUAAAUAGGAAGAGUGUUCUACUUCUAUCUCAUUGGGGUUUCGUUCUGUGAUUGUGCGAUGGCUAAUUUAAACAGGAAAAGGCGCACGCUCGCGCCUCCCGUCUCCCAAUGCUUCAGAAUACCGAGACGCAAUCACUGCAGUAUUGUGUGCACUCAGAGGCAUCGGUUCAUUUAUUCCUCAUCAGCUGUCUUCAUCACUGCUCUUAUACACACACAAAAGGUUUCAUUCAGGACAAUAUGGUUUUGACAUUCUCCGUCCCAAUUAAAAAAAAAAACAAAGUUC